GCUGGCCCCAGACCCAGUACGGACAGGAGAGGCAGCCCUCAGUUUCCCAGAGCACUGAGUCCCAGGCCUCUCCAGGACCAAACUCAGACAGAGAAGACUCCAAGGGCCACCACGAUGCCCGUCCCUGUUUCCUCAUCCUGCCCCUGUCUGCCAUCCCUGCUGCUGGCUCUGCUGCUGAAACUCACAGGAACUUCAGGGGAAGAGUUCCAGGUGAAACAGCCUGAAACUUCAGUGUCAGCCAAGGCUGGAGAUGUCAUAACCCUGGCCUGCAACAUUCCUGCCCAGUCCCCAGUAGGGCCUGUCUUGUGGUUCAAGGAGACCGGGCCAGAAAGAAAAUUAAUCUACAGUUUCAAUGGAAGCCAAUUCCCCCGAGUAUCCCAAGUGGCAAACUCAAUGGCUAACCAAACAGACUAUUCCAUCCGCAUCAAUGAUGUGUCGCCUAAGGAUGUUGGCACCUAUUACUGUGUGAAGCUGACGAUAGGACAUCCUGACAUGGACUACAUAUCUGGUCCAGGCACCUAUGUAUCCGUGAAUGAUGCUGGUACCUACUUCUGUGUGAAGUUCAAGGAAGGGAAACCUGACAUAGAGUAUCAGUCAGGUCAGGGCACCCAGGUGACUGUGACUGAUGCUGGUACCUACUUCUGUGUGAAGUUCAAGGAAGGGAAACCUGACAUAGAGUAUCAGUCAGGUCAGGGCACCCAGGUGACUGUUAUUGCUCCACCUUCUCUGCCAGUGAUAAUAGGCCCCUUGGAGAAGGCUCUAAUUGGACAGGCUGUGAAUUUCAGCUGCAUAUCCUAUGGUUUCUUUCCUGAAAACAUCACCCUAAAGUGGUUCAAAAAUGGGAAGGAAAUCUCAUCCCUCCAGACCCACGUGGUCAAGUUAAAGGAAAGCAAUGUGUACAAAAUCUCCAGUACUACUGAAGUCGUUUUGUCUCUACAGGACUUCUAUGCUUAUAUCACCUGUGAUGUGAACCACCUAAGCCUCCAUUAUCCUCUUCAAGGGACUGCUGAUUUGUCUAAGACCAUGCUAGUUCCACCCACCAUGUCUAUUUUUGAACACCCUGUCUCAAAGAACAAGAUCAAUGUCACCUGCAAGGCAAAGAAGUUCUACCCCAAGGGCAUAUGGCUGACCUGGCUGAAGAAUGGAAAUGUGUCUCGGAUUGAUAAGACCCUGACCCCUACCAAGAGGAGAGAUGGACUCUACACUGUGCAGAGCUCAAUCCUGGUGAACAAACCUCAUGAAAUAGAGGACACUGUGCUCACCUGCCAGGCAGAACAAGAUGGGCAGCAGGAGGUCACUUCAAAAAUGACGUUUUUGGUUUCUGCUCAUCUGGACAAGCGUAAAAAGUAGCCAAUGGCAAGUCAUCCAUGACUUAGUUAAGGAGGCUAUUAUCUUUCCUUAAAACAUUCUUCUCCAUGUUGUGAGAUUUUUGAAUUAUAAAAGCAGAGCACUUACACACACACACACACACACACACACACACACAUCUACACAAUCCAAAUAACUCGAAAUGAUACAAUGCACAUUAGUAACUAAUAAAAAACAAUACACCCAACUAAACAGAGAGAUCUCCUGUUUAUGAUUUUCUCAGAUCCUUUAAGGUCUCAUCUAGCUACAAAUUGGGUUUCAGAUACUUGGUUAUGAGAGGACUAGAUAAGUUCUAGUUUCUUGCCAAACCAGGAAAUCAAUGUUCUCUUGAAUGUCCUUAAUGAUUUCUUGGAGGAGAUUUUUUAUUAUUCCCUCAGUUCCUAUUGAGCUCAAGUCCUAUGCUGAGCAAGUAAGCGUUGAAAUUAUCCAAAAAGGAAUAUGUUUAUA